AUGCAGGGUGAGGAAGCCACAGUUGCUAAGACUAAUAAGCCUCGACAGCGUCGUACGCACACGCGAAGUAGAUCGGGCUGCUCAGAGUGUCGCAACCGCAGAGUGAGAUGUGACGAGCAAAAGCCUCAAUGCCAAAACUGCAUCAACAGCCAGAGAACAUGCGAGUACCCUCCUGUCAAAAUCCCUCUCAGGGAGCGAAGAGCACUAGAGAGAGCAGCUGAAAAUGUUCAACCUUGGCAGGCUACGACGCCCUGGGUACAUACCCCUCGGGAAACUUCCAGAUAUGCUAAAAGACCUGAGGUACCAAAUUCACAGUCUUUGGUAGCACAAUUGGCUCUUUCUACAUCGGUGAUGAACAUGGGUUGUUCUUCCAUUAAUAUGCCGCUGAGAUCACAGGAGCUGUUUCAUUACUUCUAUGGGACUGGUUCAACGCUUGGAGUUUCACCGAAGGACCACACAAAAGACUGUCUUGCCUUUAUCAUCUCAAAUCCCGACUCACUUAGAAGCGCAGUACUCAUGGCGGGUAUCCAUUUCGCUUUCAACGUUGGCACCCUCUCCAAGUUUGAAACGACAUUUCUGUAUCACAAAAUUGAGGCUGUACAGCAAGUUAGGAAGUGGGUAUCUAGAGGAGACAUAAAGCUACUUGCCGGGAUCACCAAACAGAUCGCUACUUUGACUUUUGCCGAGAUCUGUCGAGGUGAUGUAAGAUUAGCUGAAACACACCUAAGUGUCGUUUAUGCUCUUUCCAACCGAUUACGAGGUCAAGAGGAUGGCCAGUGCAAGACCAUCGAUCAAGAGCUUUCAGAUCGAUAUUUCCUUCUGACAUCCACUUUUGUCCACGGCUUGAAGAGUGUUCUCAAAGGCGUCGCCUCUGAAAAUGACCUCCUCCACAAUUUCCACUUGACAGCUGGCCAAUUCUCCCAUCAUCUCAAGCUCAAGGCCGUUCGGUUAAUUCCAGCCUUUUUUGAAGCGCCUUACAGCGGUGCACAGUUACUCGACGUUGACUACAGGCCCAUUCUCGAGUGUCUCCAGGGUGUAGUUGAGAUGGGUUCAAAAGAACAGGAUGAGUUUUGGCUAUACGGUCGAUCCUCUGUGUUUUACGACAACAUCAUCUCGGCACAUCUGAACUCUAUUUACUAUGGGAGUGAUGACAACAAGUCUGACGCCACUACGCCUGAAGAAUUGAGGCACAGGACAUCCUGGUGCGCUCUGAUGGUAGCGGUAGAGUUGUAUGUCGAACAGGUUGUGACUCUAUGGUGUCCCUUGAAAAAGGAGAUACUCCUCCACUCUUUACGCAUACUGCAACGUGAUGUUGCUUUUGCUAUGCAAAAGCCUGACUCAUUGCAACUUGCGGAGUUGAUAUUGUGGGAGUCGUUUGUUGGGCUGGUAAGCAUCUGUUGGCAUGAGAAGGAGGGCGAUAUGGACUUGGAACCUGGUUUGAGGCCGUUCUUUGAAGGAAUUUCGUAA